AUGGCGGCUUCGGGUGACCAGAUUUCUCCCUCCAAAAAAUUUAAAUUGGUCGUGUUUGGGGCCACAGGAAGAACAGGAAAAGAGGUCGUUAAGCAAGCAUUGGAUAAAGGACAUCAUGUCACAGCUAUAGUGAGAACACCCGAGAAACUAAACAUUCAGUGAGUCAUUUCAUGUUCAAUUUUGUCAAUUAAUUCUUAUAAGUUUAAGCUUAAAGCUUAUCUCUUUUGAGUCCUUUCGUUGUUCAAUUUUUUCAGUUUUGCAACCCCUUUUUAGGUCUUUUGAAGCAUGAUCUUCGGUAGCCUCUGAUUGGCAGACGAACGUUAUCCUAGCAUACCGUAAAAUUCCGAAAAUAAGCGGGUGUUACGAAAACGAAGACCCUCGAAAACUAAGACCUAAGACCUAAGACCCGUCUUAGUUUUCGAGAUUACGAAAACUAAGACCCCCUAAAAUCGAAUCCAUCGAAAUAUAAAGUCAAAUUGUAACCGAAAUAGGUCUGAUCUGUCAAAUUAUAUCAUGUUCGAUCCUUUCCACCGAGUUUUAGGUCAAAUUUAACGGUAAAUUUAGGGGUCUUAGUUUUCGAAAACUAAGACCCCUCUUAGUUUUCGUAAUUACGAAAACUAAGACCCCCACCAAAACAAUCUCUAAAAUUUCUACAAAGCCGAAUUACGACCGUUUGAAGACUAUGAUCCGUAAGACAAACAAAAACUACUAUCAUACGCGUUCUGAUCUACGAUCCGCUAACAAUUUGCUAAAAUUAUUACCCCGGGAAUCCUGACCUCUGACACCUACUGUCACGCAAUCUUCACUUUGUAUUGAUUGUUUGUUUAUUUUAUUGUUCUGAAAUUAGAACUCCAAUUCUCGAGACGAUGUUUAGCUAGUACAGGAAAUUCAUUCACUCAUUCGUUUUUUUAAUUAUUAUUUCAUGAGUGAUUUGAGCGAUUAUCCCUCACAGACUAUUUCUCCUUACUCCCCACCCCUACCCCUCAACCAGCAACGUUGUCAGCAACGAUAAAAACAAACGCCAGAAAAACGUAAUAUAGCAUAUUCUCCUUUUAACACUUUAUAACAACACUUUUCUAUCUAUGACGUGGCCAGAAAAGGAAAAAAAAAUCCGUAUUUUUGUGUGAUGUUUAACCGGUAACGCCGUUGACCACUUAGCGAUCAGGCAUUCAGGUCGCAGCGACAUGUCAGCGACAUGUCAGCCCGCAAUGAAGACAAAAAUCCAUCUCCAGUGGAAAACCAAUCUUAUGACUUUAAGGAUAAACAACCAAAAUUAUAGAGGUAAGGCAUAUGUUCAGUGUACAAUACGUAGGUAGUCUAUAGCUCUCAUCCUCUUCUUAAAGCCACAAUAUUGAUAAUGUAUGUCUGCAAAUUGUGAGAAGAAGCGGAUCGUCUAGCACGCGUAUGAUAGUAGUUUUUGUUUGUCUUAUGGAUUAUAGUCUUCAAACGGUCGUAAUUCGGCUUUGUAGAAAUUUUAGAGAUUGUUUUGGUGGGGGUCUUAGUUUUGGUAAUUACGAAAACUAAGAGGGGUCUUAGUUUUGGUAAUUACGAAAACUAGGAGGGGUCUUAGUUUUCGUAAUUACGAAAACUAAGACCCCUAAAUUUACCGUUAAAUUUGACCUAAAACUCGGUGGAAAGGAUCGAACAUGAUAUGAUUUGACAGAUCAGACCUAUUUCAGUUACAAUUUGACUUCAUAUUUCGACGGUUCGAUUUUAGGGGGUCUUAGUUUUCGUAAUCUCGAAAACUAAGACAGGUCUUAGGUCUUAGGUCUUAGUUUUCGAGGGUCUUAGUUUUCGUAACACCCGAAAAUAAGCCCCUCCAAAUAUAAGCCCCCUAAUCCGGUAACGCAAAAAACCCUCUGUUAACUCGCCCCUCCGAAUAUAAGCCCCCCGGGGGUUUGUACUUGGAAAAUUGCCCUCAAAUACAAAGUAAAACAGAGCAAAAAUGGUAAAUUUACUUCCAACUAUAAGGCUAGCCCAAUUGAUUUUAAAGGCAAAUUUCCCUCCGUAGAUAAGCGCCUCCGAAUAUAAGCCCCUCCAAAAAAGGGCCUUUGAAAAAUAUAAGCCCUGGGGCUUAUUUUCGGACUUUUACGGUACCUUAUCGGCGUUAAAUUAAGUCUGCGACAUAGGCUUGAUCUUCAGAUCAGCAUGAGCACGCAUAUUUUGUAAAAUGGUCCUUGGGUAUUUGCAGCCGAUACGAUCGGAAGCCUCUAAAAUUACUGAAUAGGGAAUAUAUGUGGAAAACAGUGUAUCAUAUAAAUCAGUUUACAACAACAGGACCAAUAGAUUUUUUGGGAUGCUGGAUUUGGCUUACGCUAGAGCAUUUAGAGAAAAGUAGGGGCUAAAUUUUGGAAGUUUUUUUAAAGGGCCCAGUUCAGAUGCCAUGAACCAAAUCGAAUACAGUGAAUUAUGAAUUGUGUUCACGUGAAGUAUGACAUCUGAAUCAAUUGCUCAUUGAAUUUGGAUUGGCUCAGAUGUUCUUUGGACUUGGCAUGGCUCAACUUGUAAUAAGGACAACUUUGUUCUCAGGAUUCUCUUUUACUCAUCCCUUUGGAGUGAGAGAGAGAGCCUGGUUAAGUGUGGUGCGCAGGGGGGAGGGGGUAAAAAAAAAUAAAAAUGCACUUUAUUUGAGUGUCAAUGUAUUUAGCACGAAAGUGCUAAUUGGGGACACUUUAUUAACGUCUCCUACUGGAGACGGGACCGCCAUUUUACAUGGUCAUCCGAACCAGGCAAAGGUCUAGCCAUUUGUAGGGCAAAGGUAGUACCUUCAUUUCUCAGUUAUUUUAAGACCAAGAGUGUUGGUCUCACCACGGGAAUCGUACCCAUGACCUCAAGCGCACUACCGACUGAGCUAAUCCUGCGGCACAUUUCAAGUGAUGGGGAUGAUCUGGAAAUAUAAGCUAGGGCAAAAAUCAUAGCCCCAAAGAAUCCCUGAACCAAAAAUUAACUCCCAGAAAUCUUAUGUUGAAUUUCCGAGCCUUCCAGAAGGCAUUAAAUUAAUGAUAUAGAAUGAAAAAUAAAAACGUUAGAAAUUUAACGUUUGCGUUUUUUCUUCAUCAUACCAUCUGAAGUUAUCAUACGCGGGUACUACCAUGAAUCUUCAGAUUGUUUUGAAUACCCUGAAAAAUCCCUAUUGAAAUCAUGCCACCCCAAAAAAUAUGUGCCGAAUUUUCUUACCCAAAAAGUAUUAGAGACGCUCCAAACCUUAGGACAGCAUCGUAAAGCAUCAAUGAGUGGUGUAAUAUUUUGUUUUUAUCAACAGGGACAAAAAUUUAGAGUUAGUUAAAGGUGAUGCAUGUGAUGUUGAAAGUUUUGCUGCUGCACUUGAAGGAAAGGAUGCUGUGUUGUCCAGUUUAGGAGUUUAUGCAAACAUUUUUAACCCUACAACCUUCUAUGCAGAGUCAAUGCAUGCUAUUAUGGAGGGAAUGAAGAGGUUAGUAUGGAUAACUGGAAUUUUUUUAGGCUUUCAGGUUUAUACCUAAUAUACACUACAAAAUAAACUUUGCAUAAGUCGAUGUUGAUUUAUCACUGAAACUAACCAGUUUCAGGCUUGAUGCAUCAUUUUCUCAUGAUCGUUGGAUAAUCAGUUGCAUGCUCACAUAAAGAAGGUUAAGUGAAUAAACUCACCAGGGACAAUUAUAGUCCUGUAACCCUGCUAAUCACCAUCCAAAUUGUGUAAAAUGUUAUGAACUUAAACUGAUAAAUUUGAACUGAUGUAGAUUAGAUAGCUGAGCCUAUGAAAUCAUUGUUUUGUGUAGUAACUGUUUCUCUUUUAUUCCACAAAAUACUUGUAAUAUUAAUACUGCAACAGGAGCCAAGGACCCCAAGAGUUGUAUUGGCAACACAACAUUUCACCACAGAACCAUUUAUUUUUAGAUCAAUUUUCCCGCAAAUUAAGGCCACAGUCAAACCGCUAAUAAUGGCCACCUGUCCACAAUGGUCCUCUAUUUUUCUCCCAGUGGAAACAUACAUGUAUACACCUGUUUUAAUGUCUCUACAAUGGCCAAUUGUAAUUACCUUCCAAGUGACGGUGGUAUAACAGGAUUUCCAAACUCCAGUCACCCAAAAAUGCAGGCCCAAACAUGGUAAAUUUGAUGUUUUGGUGUCAACAGGCUUACUCUUGACUAGAAGUUGCUCUCUCUGAGUAUGUAGCUCCAUACAGUGAUCCCUUAAUGCAAUACUGAUCUUUUUAGGCACAAAAUUAUGCGACUAGUAACAGUGACAUCAUGGUGUACCCAGCCUGGACCAAAUAACAGUUGGUUUGUGGAGUGGAUUCUAAAGCCACUGUUUCUUAAUGGAGUGAUAAGAAACAUGGAAGUCAUGGAAAAAAUGCUGGAGAAUUCUGAUCCUAGCGCAUUGAAUUACACAAUUGUCAGACCAUGUCGGCUAAUGCUUGGUAUGUAAAUGCAGUGUAUCAGAAUCCUCAGUUCAUCUACUAGAUAUAAUUUCAUAUCUAAAAGUUUGUAGCCCAUGACUUAUACAGCUACCUCUUGCUGCUUUCCAUUGCUGGGCAUGUCUAAUGGGGUACACGCCACAUAGCCAUCUCCCCCAAGGUAGGCAGGGAUGAGAGGCAGCUUCUGUAUUCAUGAAUGGCUAAAAAAAGUGAUGUUAGGUGUUAAUAUGAUGCAUUUGCAUCAUUUAUCACAAGAACUUGGAUACAAUUGAAUGGUGGGCUGGCCCUCAAAAUGUUCUUUACAUUAUGUUGGCAAGUUGAUGGUAUCAACUCGGUUGAUAAAACAAACUUAUUGUGUUUCACUGCCCUUACUUUGAAAUGGUGCCUCUAUUUGCAAGUCCUAAGACAGUUUUUGAUGUGGACCUACAGGUCUGCACGUGAUCCAUCUCAUGUGACUGUCCAUUCACUAAAUUAGAUUGGUUUUUUUUAGACUUUUUUAUUAUCUUUAUUACUCUAUAUUUAUUUUUCCCUUGUAUAUGCUUCAAAUUCUUUCAUUUCCUUAGAUGGACACCUUGCAUGGGCCUAAGUAUCCUGUUCAUGCAUUAAUCUUCUUUUUUUUCCCUUUUUUCAAAAUAUUUAUCAUGUUCUUAUCAUGUAUGUAUCUGUACUACUUAUCAUUCAUUUAAUGUGUUCUUGCCCAAUUAAGUAAAGUAUGUAAAUAAAGAGUGAUCUACAUCAUUUGUUCUCACGGCAACAUUAAUACAUAAUCAAGGUAAAAGGUUACAAGAAUUAUUAAUUCUUAAUGACAUGAUCACAAAAUGCUUUGAUCUUUUAUCAAAUUCUCUCAACCAUGUCUGUAGAUCAGUCUUGGAAAUUUGUAAGUAGAUAUUGACCUUAAAGGAUUAACAACUACAGUGGAGGCUCUUGUGAGUGGACAAAUGUGAAGAAGGUAUCCACAAUAUUGGAGCCAGCCGCUUACGAGGUUGUAAAAAUACAGAGUUUGUAUGGGAGUUGAGGAAAAUGGGGUUUGAUGAAGACGACCAGAAGUAGAGCUGUCCGCUUACGAGAGUGUCCGUUAUGAGAGCUUUCACUGCACGUCUUAUGACUUUAAUUUUGUAGGUGAACGAUCGGGAAACUAUAAGGUUGAAGAAGGGCAAUGUAAUACGGGGACAAGUGGUGAAAUCACUUGUGCGGAUGUUGCUGAGUUUAUGCUGAAGACACUGGAAAGUGAUGAAUACGACAGAAAAGGAUUUGCCAUCGCUGGAUUCUCAAAAGUGCCCAGGACAUAAGAAAUAUUGCAGCACUAACUCUUUUUGUUUUUAUAAAUUUGAAAUAUAUUUUUGAUAUUAUUUUAAACAAACUUAAAUGAAGAGUCUAUCAGUUAUCAAAAUAUAACUCAGUGGAUGGAUAAUUAUGGUAGAAAUGAUAAUCGGUAUUUGCAAAAUCGUUAUUAUCACAAUAUAUGUUUAGAUAAUAAUUUGGGCAUCAAUAAUCAUGAAUUUAAUUAAGUGUCUGUCAUUUUUAAAUCAUUCUUCUUUCAAAUACUUUUUGCCUAUGGUUGUAUUGUAUAAAAUGCAAUUGUACAGUUAAGGCUGGUUUCCUUAUUCCAUCUCUGCGAUUGCUAAAAGGAUCUCUGAAGAAAAAUAAAAAGGUUUAGCAUUCUCAGCAAUCAUUGCUUUGCGAAAAAGAGCAUUGAGAUUGACUUCAGUUCUGUUUGCGAGUUUUGUGUCGAUUUGCACUUAUAGGAUUGUUCUGGGUACGCGUUCUCUUCUUUUAUUGGCGAGUUUGGCUAUUACGAAGUUGCACAGGAAAUUAGGCCAAAUUCGUCCUCCAAAACAGGCCUAUUAGACGUAACUGCUCUUUUCAAUGACGACCUUAGGUAAAAAAAUAACUUACGUUUACGGUUUCGCUUCAGCCAAUCAUAAUUACGACUAAACGAAACAAACAAGGUGGAUCAAAAUCUAUUGAUUAUAUACCACAGAGUCACCAUUUGAACGCAAUUGUAAUUUAUAACAAAUGAAUGAAUAAAUAUUUAUUGAGCGUCAUUCAAUAAAUAGCGCCACCAUUUGUCCAUGGUACUUUUUAAUUGGUUAAAAAAAGCUAUAUUAUUAAUAGGCAGUAAAUCAAGUAGCAGUCGUACCGAUGCUGUUCGGGUUAAUGAUAAAAAUGCAAAAAAUCAAAUGCGUCCUGAAAAAGGUGAGUCUUGAGCGAAGCAUUAGAUACGGUAACUGAUGAUGAUUGCCCGAUGUUAAAUGGUAAUUUGUUCCACUUGUUCUAUAGUUUCGGUCCUGCUACAGAGUAUUUAUGACCAAACAAACACAGAGUAUGUGGACAUAUGGUCCUAAGUACAGAGUAUUUCCUAAAUACAGAGUAUUUAGGACCGAACAUACAGAGUAUGUGGACAUGUGGUCCUAAAGACUCGACAUACAGACUAUGCACUAUCGCCAAACGUUGCGUUUUCAGAUAGAGAAGAGAAAUGAUGACAUCACAUUUCUGAUAUUAUGGGAUGCCGAUUGGUUAGAAUAUUCAGAAAGAACAAGAUGAAAACAAAGCCCUCAAAUUAUCCCAUAAUUUGAUAACCUGCGUGGUAGGUACAAGAAGGGGAGGGGGAGAGGGAGAAAACGGGAAAGGGAACCUUCACCUUCUCUCCCCAAUGUUUCCCUUUUUCCCUUUCUCGCGAUCCCUGAUCCCUUUCGACGCUUGCUACGCAGGUUAAUAAUUUGACAAAGUUGAAUUUCUCUAAGCAACUGAUUAUUUGAAGUUCGUAAUACAGAGCCAGAGUUCAUCUCAGAUAAUUCUUUGACGCCUAAGUACCGAUGGAUAUUAUGCUCAUGCUAGUGGUCGCACUAGAUUUGUUGUCAGCUAUAUCUUUCAAAUUGGGUGGUUUCAUCAGUAAUGGCCCCUUUAUACACUGUCCGCUGAAUGAAAUUGUACAAGUUUAGUCAGUUUACCCUCCUUGCCAAUAAGGUGAUCAGAUAAUUGUGCUGCAACUGCUUCUUUUGUGACUUUGGAUAGAGAACCGACGUAUGCGCGAAAAUGGACUGAAAUUUAAAAGUUCGAUAUUAGUGAUGGAACUUUUGCGGGCUCAAGUUGCGCACAGAUUCUUUUUGUAUACAACAUGAGAUCACUUUAUCAGUGACCGGUCUGAAUUCACUAAGCAGCUGAAUGGCUAAGACAGGACUCAGGUCCAAGACUGCGCAGAUUUAAGUAGUAACUAAUCAUUGCAAAUUCUAACGAUUUCGUCUGCAAAGAGUUCAACAAAUGAUUCAGACAAAUUAUCAGAGCUGAGCCAGAUGGACUACUUUGGCCGGUGUUAGAGUUGAACACUUCUCGGCUAACGUCUUGAAAACUGAGAAUUCUUGUGUUUCCUGACUCUUCCUGGAUCUUGAAUGGUGAAUAUAUCUUGCUUAGCUGAGGCAAUCAUUUUUUAAACAACACUGUCCCGAAUUCGGCAUAACCUUCUCUAUCAGGAGGCAAUCUUGCAGAUCGCCACAUGAUUUGCGUUCGGAGCUCAGAAGGUUUCCCCUUAACAUUCUUUUGUACACUAAUUUCAGUUAGCAUGCUAGGGCACAGGCAUAAGAGAAGAACUACGAGAUGGGUCUUGUCACUGGGAGCUUAACCGUAUCAAGGGUUUUCUGAAAAAAGAAUAUGUGAUUUAAGUCCACCAACAACUACCCUGCGAGCAGAGGCUACAUUUUCGCGGUAUACCGCGAAAAUGUAGCCUCUGCUCGCAGGGUAACCAACAACGGAAUCGAGGUCAGAACAUGCUUCAUCUAAAUAAGCUUGAGCUGGCAAUAGUCAGUCACAAAAAUCUUCAGAAUCAAUUAAACGUAGCUAAUUUCUGCAGCGACGAGUUUGUCUUUUGAAGUUGUGGGUUAUGCAAUAACAAACUCAGAAAUAUAGGGCAUAAAAAAUUAUAUUGAUCAGAAAUCGGAGAAUCGAUCCCCAACUGCACCCCCCUCCCCCCUAAACGUUAGGCCACUUCCGAGUUCCAAAAACACUCAUAUGCUCUGAUGCUCUCACUCUCAAAACUUUCACUUUUCAAAGACUUUCCCUUUCACAAUUCAGUACUAUCACUUUCAAAGCGUGAAUGUGUAACAAUCCUCGCAAUAAAUACCAUAAUUAUAAAGUUGUUGUUGUUGUUAUUUAUGCCCAACCAGGUGCGUACCUGCCUUUAAGCAAAUCGGCACAGGCUUACGAGUGAUUUGGACGGUAUGAUAAAUAUAUUUUUUAAAAAAAGAUGUACUGGCAAAGAGCCGUGUAUUUUCCCGUUGGUCGAUCACCUCGUACAAGAACUAACUAGCAGGCUUCUGUCACAAGAGAAUCGUUUCUUAAGGCAAUAUCUUGUUCCAGCAAAGCUGAAUGCUUUCAACAGCGGAGUACAAGAUAGGCUUUAUGAAACCUACAACCGAUCUUUCAAAGAAGAGAGACUUUGACAAUGAAAUUUUAAUGUGGCAAACAAAGUGGUCUCAUUCAACUGAUGAAAAACCAGUGACACAUCUCACAGAGACAGUCUCCAGCUCGCUAAUCCGGACCUUUAUCCCAACGUGAUCACAAUUAUUGCCAUCCUCCUGACAAUGCCAGUGUCAAAUGCUACCCUCAAACGAUCUUUUAGCACGAUGCGCAGAGUGAAGACGUUCUUACGUUCCACGAUGAAAACAGAGCGACUCGCAGCACUUGCCCUCAUUCAGGCUUACAAAGACAUACCCAUCAAUGUAGAAGCCGUGAUUCGCGAAUUUUGCUCCAAAAAGAGCAGACGUCUAGCUUUCGAAUUUCUUUGAGCUCCGCCAAGAUUUCAGAUAUGUUUGCAACUAUUGUGUCGCUAGUCAGGUCAUUAAGUCGUUGCUGUUGUUGACAACAACCACAACUGGCUGCAUUUUGUUAAAUAUUCCAUUAUUUCUUGUCCAAUAUGAAAUCCUGGGAUUUGCCAACUAAUUUAAGCGCCCAGAUUGCACCAGAUUACAUCUCAGAGUACUUGAAUUUUCAGAAUUUUCCUGGAAAUCAUGUCCCCGGACCCUGUUAGCAUGUCGCGCCUUGAGAUCUGGGCGCUAAUGCGCCCAUAUUGUACCUUAAUAUUGUAUCUCCCCUCAAUAUGCUCCACCAAGGCUUACAAACAAAAAAUGCCUAGGAACGCCCCUGCCAACGUACCCUGCUAGCAGAGUCGCUUCGAUCUUUCCUACACUUAUCCAUAUUUUUCCGCCCGUUUUGACUUUCUCUCGCCCCCAUCUGCCCCUGGUCUCCGAGGAUGAAGGAGACUCUGUUCGCAGGGUACUGCCAACGUAGCGCGGAAUUCGAAAACUUUUUGUAAAAUGUUCAGAUAACAGCCUCGUUUCAGGGUGAGAGGACAAGCUGACAACGAGGCCGUUGCGACACCGCGUUUCGCGGCGGGAAAAUCGCACUGCGUCACUUUUUAAAAAGCCAUUUUGCUCGAUCGGUUUUUUUUAGUCAAGCACUCCGAGUUUUAAUCCAGGUACGGAAAAAACUUUUUUUUGUUUUAUAUUGAAGCUUCUUAAUCAUUUUUAGCUCUUUUUCAAAGGUUUUGCACUGAAUUAUUCAAAGAAAUUAUUACUUUAAAUCUUAUGUCAUGCCAAAAUGACUUUUAUUUUAGAGUAAGCUUAUUAUUUUGCCGUUGUUGUUCAGCAGUGUUCAGUGUUGUUGUCCUCAUUUGUUAUUAUUUUCGAAGAAACAUUUAAGCCUUAUUGCGUGGUUUCUACGAUUCCCUAACAUUGUUUAGACCUUUCUUUUUUUAAUUUAAUUUAAUGUUCAAAAAUUAUUUUCUGUCCAUCCUCGGAGACCCAGGGGCAGAUAGUGUGGGCGAGGGAAAUUCUAAACGGGCGGAAAAUAUGUCAAGAAGAAAAGUAAAGAACGGCGAGAAGAGCUCUUCUCGCCGUUCUUUACAUUUCUUCGUGCCAUAUUUUUCCGCCCGUUUAGACUUUCCCUCGCCCCAAACUAUCUGCCCCAACUGCCCCUGGGUCUCCGAGGAUGUUUUCUGUCAUGUUCUGUAUUGUUCCCGCUUGAAUUUAUUGUAAAUUGGCUUAAAUCCAAAAAACUACUAAGAAAUGUCCCGACUGCGAACUUUAUUAUUCGUGGCUAAAGAUACUUUCAGAUAUGACAAGUAUUUGCACUUUAUUCGUUUUUUGUUGUCGAGCAUUUUUUUCGUCGUAUAUAAAACUCGUCAUAUUGCUCGGCCACUUUGACUGUUAACUUUGACUGCCCCUAAAAGUGCCGAAAGAGACCGAUGUAUCGCCGAUGUAGGGCUCUGGGAACGAGAGUUUCGUAUUCCGAAGACAAAAUGGCGUGCGAAGAGAGAGGUAACGGCCCUGCACCAUUAAAACUGGUUGUUUUUGGUGGUACUGGACUAACGGGAAAGGAGGUAGUGAAGCAAGCACUGGAGAAAGGCUAUUCUGUUACAUCUGUCGUGCGAUCACCCGAGAAAGCUGAAAUACGGUACGACGCGCAUUUUCAAGGUUGCACGCACCCCAUAAAUAAGUGUACGUGCAGCAAGAUAUGGCUGUAGUUGACGUAGUUCCUUCUACUUCAGUUACUUCUACGUCUCGCAAUAUCCAGUUCAAACAGUUGUUAGAGCUGAGUUUAAGGUCGCCUUGAAACAAAUAACUUGUAAGAUAUGGGUGACUGGAGGGACUUUGGGGCGCAAAUUGUGUUCUAAUCAUAUAUGAAUCAUUAUAAAUUUAUAUAUGCGUCACGCAGAGAUUGAAGUAGAAUAAACUUUAGUGGGAGAGAUCAUUGGCAGGUCUGAAGAAGGAUUUGAUGCUGAGCAUACGACGGAAAAAUUUUUUUUCCAGAUUUCAGCUGUACAAUGGGCGUGUGCAGGCCAUACAUAUAUGGAUGCUACGCUCCCGAUAUGCAUGUUCAAAUGUUGGUCUAACCAGUGAUGUAUUUGCAUAAGCCUUGAUUCAUUUGAAGAAGCUUAGUGUCUUAUUAGCGUUGUUGUUAAAUGUAUUAACAUUUUAAUAUGUGUGUUUUUUCUAUUGAGUGUUUCAGUAAUGAUAAUCCCAGGUAUCGACUACUUCUAGGGCCUCAUCUAACCAUCAGUUUAACAUGAUAUGAUGAUUACCAAUGAGAAUCUUGGAUGUAACACAACACAUAACACUUAGAGGAAAGAAAGUUAAUUUGCCAGGUCUGAGACCAAGCUAUAAGCUUGUCCAGGUCACUCGGUAGAAGGGGGGCGUAAGCGGGGUAUGAAUACCGCAAAACCGCACAGAAAUACAUAUAAAUACCGCACAGAAUAACAUGAGAAAACUGCAAACCCCAUUGAAAUUAGCCGAAAAAUUCUAAAUACUGCAAACCACUUGGUUUUGUAAAACCGCAAUACCGCAACUUAAAAUAAAAAUCACCGCAAAACCGCACCAAAAAUCGAGCAAAACCGCAUCACUGCAAACCCUUACGCCGUAGAGUGAUCUGGACAAGUUUGUACAAGGCAAGAACGUCUCUGUCAUUGGUCAAAAAGAAUUAAGGCUAAACUGCAGAGAAGACAAUUAACAUUUAAAAUGCUCUGAAUUCUAUAGUCUUCCGCAAGUCAACUCUAUGACAAAAAGUUAAAACAACUCAGAUCAGUCAAUAAGAAUGAUUGAACAAAAACAUUAAGCACAGACAGAAGACUGGGAUUCAGGCUUGUUGAACUAGAGUUGGGACAUCUAAGGCUGUUUACAUAGGUUGCAUUCCUUUUGACUAAUCGAAAUCCGGAUUUUGCCAUCCAAAAUUUGAUUUUUUGUUCCAUGAAGGACUAAACCAAUCUUAGAUUGCAAUCUGAACGAUCCACCUCUGCACUUGGGUCGUUCGGAUUGGUAUCUCAAUCUGGUUUCAGAUUUUUAUUCCAUUUAACAAAACUGCUUUUCAAUUGCAAGAUUGUGCUCAUUCAUUGAUAAACACAGCGGGUCAAGUUUGGUUCUGGUAAAAGUUAUUUACACUCCUUCUUUGUUCUAUGCAGCUAAAGGAUAAAAUUUGUAGUAUAUUAAACUUAAGCUCCCCUGUAACUCUAAAUCCACAAGGGAGUGAAAAUGCUUGCAUUUUCUCACAGUAAAACUAUAGUGUCCAUUGUGUGUGUGUAUUUAGAACCUACUUCUCAGCACUUGAGAAUUUUGUCAAUCGUGUACUGAAUUUUCUUGAAUCAAAUCCCGGAUAUUUUUUAGUUAACGAGUCCCAGUAUGAACAACCACUACUAGUUAAAGAGCUAUUUUUCUUUCCAUUUCUCUACGAGAGGACGCUUAAUUUAGCAGAAAGAAAUAAAAAAUGAUGUGUUUAAAUUGAGAAGAAGAUCAUAGCAGCAGGCAGCUACUGUAUGGAUCAAUCUUAUUUCAGAUUUUUGUUCCGGCUAGCAGGAAAAUCCAAACAAUCUGGUUUGUCUAAACCUGAAAAAAGUUUGGCUAAAAGGAAUGCAACCACAUACUCAAAUAGCUGUACCUGGACUUUCUUCCUUUGAGAGAUUUCUGAGGAAUAAACUGGUUAGCAGCUUUCAAUAAUUUUCCUCAAGUGUCUUAAGGGCCGGGUCAAAAGCUUGAAAUUAUGAAAAGUGCUCCUGUAAUCCUGCCAUAUUUUUUUAGAAUGGAAAUACGUUAUUUGUGACCCUCCACAGGAAUUUGAUGCUAAAGGUGAAAGCACGCGCACGACACGCUUGCAUGACACGCUUAGCGUGCCGUAGAUCACGGAUAUGCGCAUAUUAAAUUGAAAAAACAAAGAUGGACACACUUGCCUUUGUUUUGGCAAAUUUAACACGCUAGACCUUUUGUUUUUUUGUAGCGUGCCAUAUGUCACCGUAAGUGUGCGAAUUAUAGCACGGUUAGCGUGCAAUUUGGGUAAGACACGCUGAACACACUUGAUUACUAAAACCACUAAGAUGAUAAAAAUGGCUUGGGUUUUCAGCGGAUUUAAUCAGCAUUGAUAACUGGUUGAAGUGAAUCAAAUAUACCAAUUGAGACUGUUUUGGAAUUUGAUAGUAACCGUGGCCAUUUGAAAAUCACGACUUAAUGGUGGUCUAGCCUGGAAUUAACGCAAGAUCAGUGUAAACCAAUUCCUCCGGCUGUCGGCGGCUGACCGGAAUCGCAAAGACGCCUCCUAUCGCAUGUGAGGUACUGAAGUUAUGUCGCCUGAAAUUAUAGUUAUGCCACGGGAAUAUUUAUUAGCAGUAAUGCACAGAGAAAUGAAGUUGAAUAAAUUAGUUUAAUAUAUCUUUUAAGCCAUGCUGAGACGAACGAAGGUAAUUAAAUCGUAGAAACAAAAACUGCCUAGAAUUUUCUAUAGGUUGAGGAAGGCUAAACAUCUCUAGAUGACUGUUCCAUGCAUGUACAAUUUUCGAAGGUUAUCUAAUAAAUUCCUUACGAUUUUCUGAAGUUUAAUUUUUUCCAUUUCAUUUCCCAGUUAAGCUAUUUUUCGUAGAGAAUUAAGGAAUCCUAAAAUUUUCGGAUCCGAAAAUACGAUAAAAUUCUCACUUUCCUAAAACCUUCAAUUGGAAGCUAAAUUUUUCGGGAAAAUAAUGCUGAGAAAGUGUCUUAAGUCCGAAACAUCACUGUUUCUGAGAAAAUUGCAAAUGUGUUUUAAAUUAAGGAAAGUUAAGAUAACCUUUGCACAGCUUUGUCAGUAAACAUUUCUGGAAAGAACUUUGAUUUUGCAAUGCUAAUAUAGUUCUACCCAUAAAUCCAGUAGGUCACACCGUUCACUGUUUAUACUUUUCAAGCGACAAGGUUUUUUCAAUCAGAUACUAUCGCUGCGAUCGCUGAGGUAUAACUUUUUCUUUCUCGAUGGUUACCAAAAAAGGGUGCCGUUCAUAAUCAUUUACGAUUCCUUUUUGUAGAGGAAAUUUAUUUAGCUUAUAGAUAACACGCCUUGCGUGCUUUUGCGCACACUGAAAGCGUAUUGUGCUUUUUCGCACUGAGCUUUUGUUUGAAAACUUUAACACGCUCUUUUGUUCGACUUGCUCACGCUUAAUUGUCUCAGGCGUGUCCUCUGAAACAAAAGAAAUUGCUAAUGAGGCAAGAUUGCAAGCGUGCUAAAGCGUGUUAAAAUAAAUUCUUUUGUUUUAAAGUGAAAGCGUGUCGUGCGCGUGCUUUCACCUUUAGCAUUAAAAUCCUGUGGAGGGUCACAUUUUACCUUCCAUCUUUAGUUUGUAAACAGCCAAAUGGCAGCUAUGUCUAAAUGUCUCAAUGUUCAGAUUAUUUAUUAUAAGCUUGCUUGUAAAGGUAAACAAACCUUGGUGGAUUUGUUGGUGGUGGAAUCAAUGUUGCAUUUGACUACAUUAUGGUCAAUCAUUCCUUGUUCCAAAAAAGUGCCACUAACAGAUCUGGGUGGGUGGUAAAUACAAGAUUUAAAAUAGUUAAUAACAAUAAUAAUUAUUUAAUAAUUGCCAUUAUGAUGAGUUGACUAGCAAACUAUUUUGCAGGAUGUGAGAUCUCUAUGUUAAUCCUUAUCAUCUAUAUUGUCUGCCUUUUAGGCAUGCUAACUUGGAGGUAGUAAAAGGAGAUGCCUGUGAUGUUGAAAGUUUUGCCUCUGUGGUGAAGGGAAAAGAUGCUGUGAUGUCUUGUUUAGGUGUUGUUGCAAGUAUUUUCAAUCCAACAACUUUCUACUCAGAGUCCAUGCAUGCUAUAUUGGAAGGAAUGAGAAGGUAUGUAAAAAAUAUAGAGCCACUCAUACAGGCUUCAAUCAUAAUCAUAAUCAUCAUUUUCAUCUUCCUCAUUGUCAGCAUAAUUGGCUCAAGUUUUUCUCCUGUAAUUACUGUCAAGCCAGGUUAAGCAUACCCUCCAAGAUUCCAUUGAUGAAUUUUUUAUUAUUCAAAAGUUGAAUCCGUUGGUGGUUUUAGAUUUCAAUUCAUCUCCGCAUUCUUUCAUGUGUUAUGAGCAGUGAAUUCACAUAUGGUGUUAUGAAAUUUAUACCAGCUCAGUUUCCUUGAAUUUGAUAUACAUCUGUAAAUGUCUUGGGAGCAAUUUUAUCUAUUCAAAGAUUUUCAAUUUGAACAAAUACAGAUAAGUUAUCACAAAAAAUGCACUGCUCAUUGUGUUUGUAGGAAUGCAGAUUUGAAUUUGAUACUGGUUGCAACACAGACUAACAGAUUAAUUUUUUUUUCAAAUAAUCAAUUCAUUGAUGGAAUCUACGAGGGCACGCUUGACCUGGCUUGAUUGUAAUACUCAGCUUUCCAUUAAUUGUUUCAGUUUCGCAGAUAUGUUGUCAUCCCAGAUUCAAGUGCCUGACAUGAGGGUUAUCUUCUACAUACCAGCUGGUGGCCACAGGCCAGCUACUUUUAAGCAGCCCACACAAGAUCACCUCUUCCCUGAUGUGUUGCUUGUGGCCACCAGCACCCGCAUCUGAAUUAAGGGAGUUUGUCUGUCUUUGGCACAGACACAAUUUUUAAUAUUACUUUUUUUAUAAUUUGCAAUACAGUCAAACCUCUAUUAACCCUUCAAGCCUCAAUAUCCACAUACAAAUUCUCCAAACUGAUCUUCAUACAUUUCCUUUAAGAAUUAGUUGAGAGAAUUUAAUAAAACAUCAAGGCAUUUACUCUUUCGUGAUCAUUUUUUAUAUUCUCACAACCUUAUCUCUUGGCAAUGUAUAGACAUUGUUAGGAGAAAAUUGCUGUUGGUCACUAUUGGGACUUAAAGGGUUAAGCAGUCACCCUCGGGAAUUAGCUUAAUAGAGGUUGACCGUUUAACAGAGGUUCUCUCAAGCCCAUAAUAGGGACAAGAACAUCGCUUAAAAAGUGAACUUGCAUUUUUUCAGUCUUAAUAGCGAUUAUUCCUACCCACAUACUUUGUCAGUUGUAGACGAACCCUCCCAAAGCUGAAUUUCAAGGGACCAUAGCCAAGCUCAGAAAGAGAAAUAAAAUUUUGUCGUUGCUUGUCCUCCAUAAAAUGUGAAAUUAGGCAUUUUCACAUUGUAGUCGUGCAAAAAUGGGAAAGAAAUGUGCAAAAAAGUGUGAUGCACGUGCGAAGUUGUUGUUUUGCCUAUGAAACCUAUUGUUUUUUUGACAUUCUCGUUGUUGUCCGCAUCGUUGGAUCUUAAAGUCCCUAAUAUGAAUUUUAGGCUGGGACAUACUUGGAGCAAAAGAUAUCUCAGUUUACCUGUUUAACACUUGUAAAAUAUGUAUUUAUAGAUUUACAGGGUUCGCACAGUCUUGAAAAGUCCUUGAAUUUUAGGGGGAGUCCUUGAAAGGUCCUUGAAUCCUAUUUUUACUUGAAAAGUCCUUAAAUUUCUACCCAAGUCCUUGAAAAGUCCUUGAAUUUUCUUCUACUUUGAACGUAGUGACCUGGAAAGUGUUUUUUGAUGUUUUUUGGUUGUCCAAGACAGGAUAUGAAUCAUAGCUCAGAGAAUUUAAAGGUUACUUACAGAAAGUGCUCAAUGUUUUAUGCAAUAAUUAACUAUCAAGUUAAGACAACUGAACUGAAAGAGAAGAGAAGUUGGUGAAACAAACAGUUCAAGGCUUAAAGCCUUAUUAGAAUAGACUGGGAAUGUGCAUUUUUGUAGAAUCUGUAAAAUUAUAUUUCUUGUAGGUGGUCCUUGAAAAUCUAAUGUUGUCCUUGAAAAAUGGUUGCAAUUUAUUGUAUGAACCCUGUAGAAGAAUAUCAUACUUACUGCUUAUCAGAAUUGUUUUACUUUAUCAGUAAAAUGUAUGAUUCAGGCCACAGGGAUUUAGCCUGUGACCAUUUGUAUUUGUUUCUUUUAAUUAGUAUUUUUUUAAAUAUUUGUUAUUAGACAUUUUUUAAGUUAACAUUUGUUGAUAAAAAAUAAUCUGCUAGGGGCAUACAUGUACAUGUAUGAACGCUAUGGUGAAAGAUCCAGUGAUUCAGCAAACUGCGAUAUGUUUUGGGAUUAGUUUCUUGCUGAACAAAUCCCAGUUUCUGAAAGAGCUGGAUGCUUUGCUGGCGAAGAGUUCAAAUGUUCUCGCCUUUUUGAUCUGGUGACAUUUUUUUCCGCUUGUAAAUAAUGCUGUGGUAAUUUUUUUGUAGCAUUUUUUACCUCUAUCCAAUAUUUAUCUCUUGUACACAUGGACCGUGAAGAGGCCAAGUUUUUUGGGGGUUUCUAUAAAUGUCUAUUCUUUUUUAAUGGAACUUUACCUUGGAAUAUUAGGAAAGCUAUUUGAGAGUUGCAUGACGACUUCAACACGAUCGAUUAUAACUAUAUUAUAGGAGCAUUUUGUGUAUGGUAAGGCACUAAGUAAUGACUUCAGCACAGAAUUGACCUAAAACAGCAAGAUCCUCGAGACAUAGAAAAAGCUAAAACGUUUGUGCUGGUCUCUAAUAUGACAGGUGUGGCAUGAAACGGUUGGUUACAAUGACAGCAUGGUGUACCCAACCAGGGCCAAACAAUAGGUGGCUGGUUGACUGGUUCAUUAAUCCUGUGUUGCUUAAUGGCAUGAUCAAAGACAUGGGUACCAUGGAGAGAAUGUUAGAGCAAACGGAACCUGAAUCGUUGGACUACACCAUAGUCAGACCAUGCGGAUUGUUCAAUGGUAAGCUUGUAUUUUCUGAAAAUUCACUGAAUAUUAAUGAAUAGUAAACAAAGGAAAUUACUACCAUGUGCGUGGUUCGGAAGUGCCGCAAAUCACAGCUCCCCUAACGGAAUGGCGUGAGCCAUUUGAUAUUCCAUCCACAAUUUGCAGUCUUCCCAUGUAAUUGUGGUACGUACGUUACCAUAAAAUAUUGUGGACUCAUCACUUGGAAUUUAGUUAGCAUAAUAUAGGUAAUACUAUAAUGAUAAUAGUUUAUAGUCAGGACACGGUACUGAUCAAUUGACUAGAGUGGAUUCUAGUUGUUGACGACUUGAGUCUAGUGGAGUAUUGAGUAUUGUAGAGUAUUGUUGGUUGACUUCUUUUUUUUAUCUCUUUUUUAAAAAAAACCAAAGUAUACCUUUUUUCAACAAUCGAAAAAAGUGUCCAGGUUUCAAUUCUAACGGUCUGGUGAGAACCGGGAUGACUUUCUUGAAGAUUUUGACCCAACUUACUUUGCUCAUGGUGUUGGCCAUCUCCGGGUUCCUUUAACUCGCACGAUAUGAAUGCGGACCUGUUUUGAGUAGUCCACGACGUUUUUUCCCUCUCCGCUAAGAUGUCAGAGAAAAGGGAGCGAGAAAGACAGUAGAAACCAACUGUCAUACAAAGAAAAGGUGAUAGAACGAACAAUAGCGGAAUCUCGCGUGAUACUUUAGACUUCCAACUAAUAAAGUCGGCGGACGCUCUUUAGGAGUGGAACGACAUUGAGGGCGACUGCAAUGUAUAAGUCGUGCUGAACAAAAUUAGAAGGCACUUAGACUUCUAGAAGAAAACCGUGGUCUGCGUGUUCUAUGGUCUAUUUCUUUUUUGCGAUAGCACUGACAGUUUUAACAAAAAUUUCCGGCUAAAUUUAUUGGAAAAUCGCGUGCGUGCGACGGAGAAUACCAUCGUGUCAUGUCCAUGCACUAUACUCGCAUGGACAAUGGCUCUCAAUCAAUCAGUGCCCGGGAAAUCGCUCAGUUAUUGUAAAAUGCUGUUUUCUUUUGCAGUAGAAAAGUAUAAAUAAAUUAGAAAAUUACACAUGAAAUAACUUUUCGUGCCUUUUACUGAAAACUAAUUGUUCGAAGGAGCAAUUAUUGCCAAGAAAUGUCUAAAGCUCGAGAAAGGCUUAAACAUUUGCAGAUAACAUUCCCAUUUGUCGAAGAUAUUCGGAGUUUUUCUACCAUCUUACCUACGAUUUUCUGAGGAUGUGUUUUUCACAUUUUAUCACCAAUAUAUGAUGAUUACGUAUUGCUAAAAAAGGUCUCCUGAAAAUUUCGGUGUAAUGGCAAAAACGUCCCUUAAAAUUUUCCGAUGAAAGUACGGUUACUCCAUGUUCUCGAACUUUCGACCAGACCCAUCAGGGAAGCUAUCAUUUUCGGAUGAGACGAAAAAGCCACCCAACACUUUCGAAGCGACCAAAGUUCCCCCAUGCAUCCAAGCAGAUAAAAAUUUAUUUAGGGCAGUAACCAAACAGCCUUCUUAAUCAUUGAGAAAACCAUUUGACACAAGUGUGACGUACAAUACAACCUCGAUAACUCGAACUCCCCGCUAAGUCGAACUGAGGUCUGUUUCCCUUGGCUUGCACCCCCCUUUGGGUCAUUUUUACUUGGUUAAGUGGAACUCGGAUAGGUCGAAUUCCCCGCUAAUUGGAACUAAAUUUCCCUUGCCUAGACCAAAAAUUCACUGAAACUUCUCGAUAACUCGAAUUCUUUUAAACCCCACUCGGAUGCCAUCCCACCAGCUCUCAUUGUUGUAUAAUUGGUAAAAACACAAAAACUAACCCUCCUGCAAUUUGCUGUUAAUUGGUGCAACGAACAGAUCACGUUUUAUGGUAAAGAUGCAUAAUCAUGCCGUUUUUGAUGAAAUAAGUAAAUUUGCACUGUACUAUACUCACGGAACUGCUGAAAAUCAGUAACUAUCCGGCAAUUAUAAGUCGCAAAUUGAAUAUUUAAUCGAUUCCGAUAACUCGAACCACCGCUAACUCGAACUGUUUGUCGUUUCCCAGAGUUCGUGUUACCGGGGUUCUGCUGUAUUUGGAAACAGUAGCUCGCGAACCCUGAUUUAAUUUCAUUUCAUUGGUGAUCUUGAAACAAUCCGUGCGAGAAGAAGGUAUUGAAAUAUAAUUUUAGCAUCCUUUGACCGGAAAACGGAAUAAGCCACUUGACAUUGCCAAGUUAUCUCUAAUAUCAACAAGCGGUUUUAAAUCUGAUAGUGCUAUAAUACUGAGAAUCUUUUUAAAAGGAGACAUUUUGUCUUUGUUGACUAGUUUUUGAGUGAUAUUAACAGGAAAGAGUAGAUGCUGAUAAAUAAAUGGGCUUCAGGUGUUAAAGAGGCAAGAUCGCUCUAUUGAGGCAAUUCUGGUACGCACUUACCAAUCAGAUAUCAGAAUUGAGGGUCUCAAUAUAUAGGGCGAAGGCAUUUAUGGUUUUAACGGCAGGAGCUUAUGUUAACGAUGAAAAUAUCGGUUUCUUUUUACCGUUUCUUUGCUCAUUUGUAAAAAAAAAUUGUGCUUUAGGAGUUUUUGUAUCAAUUUCCAUUGUUGCAAAACACAUCUUUCAGGACUUUCCCGAAUUAAAAGGAAAAGGCUGAGAUGUUUGGCCGUUUUAUGGCUAACAGUCAACCCCAGGAGCCUCACCCCCCAUGGAGACCCUCAAACCGUUGAACAACACAAAUUACAGAAAAGCACGAAAAGAAGCGGGCAUGAGCAGAACUGAAGAGGAUUAAAAUGGAUUGCACUCAGGUUAACUUGAAAAACAGCGGUCCGCUUCUGUUAAGUUUGUCACUAUUUGGGAGAAGGUGUGGCCUAAAAUGCUCGGGAAUCAUAAUAGCUCUUCUGUGGUCAUGAUGUUUUCGCUAAAAAGUAUUUCGUCAACCGAUUUGUAAUUUUAAGCUUGUUUAACUAGGAAUAUAUAAGCAUAAAAUAUAGCCAACCCUUCGUGGCCGAGCUCGUUUUUAAUCCUUUCAGUCAGCUCCCAGAGUGUCUUGUGAUGUAUUUUUAACUUAUGAGGCUGUGAACGAAAUGCUUUCAUUGGUUUAACCGUUCAAAUAAAACCUCUUUGCUAAAACUUUCUCGUAGUUCUGCUUGUUUUUUUCAAAGAACAUUUAAAAAAAAAAAAAUUGAAAUUCAUGUUAUCGAAUACUUGUGAGAGUGAAGAGGUUCCGAUGUGCGAUAGCAUAAGUAGAGAGGAACUCUUCCAGAGCAACAAAAACCUAAAAAGGUCACUAUAUGCAAAAUCAAAUAGACACUAACAUAGGUCUAACCGUAUUUUUUAGGCGAACGGACAGGGAAUUACAAAGUCGAAGAAGGACAGUGCAACACUGGAACCAAGUAUUUCAUUACACGCGCUGAUGUUGCAGAAUUUAUGCUUAAGACUUUGGAGAGUAAUGAGUUUAACAGAAAAGGUUUUGCCGUGGCUGGAUUAUGAGAGUGUUAGAAGUGGUUACAUCCGUGCUAAAUUAAGAAAAUCCCGAAAUCAACAGAUAUUAUCGCGAAAAGCCGAAUGUCUAAACCAUGCAAUCCACGUUUUCGCACGAUUUUUAACCCGUAGUGGUAAAGUAAGUAGGUAGAUAUUGAUGCUUUGUUUCUGUUAGCUUCGGAAUUCUUUCAAUAACAGGGUAGAACAUUAGAUGGUGUAUAUCGAGAUUCGCUCAGAGGUGUGAUAAAAGUUUAGAUGGUUAAAGGAAGUUCUAAGACCCACACUUGAAACAAGGACCAUAUUGAAAAAGUAUUUUAGAAAAUUCAAAAUUAAAAUCUGCUAAAGAUAAC